AUGGAAGCGGCAGUUGCCAACUUGGAUCCCACGCCUAGUAAUACAAAAGCGCAGCUGGCUGCGGAUGCUUCCUGCUGGAAGGUGACUGUGGCCACCGUCCUAGCCAGUGCCAUUGCUGUCAUUUUCUUAGGACUCCUUCUGGCCUCCCUCUACACACAGGACCUCAGUUUUGAGCACUCCGCUGAACUGAAAGGAAUCUUCUAUGACAGUAGCCUGCAGCAAGAGACCUCGAGCUAUUAUAGGGCUUUGACUCCAGCUCUGGAAAGGCUGUUUGUAAGUAGCUUUCAGAAGACAAAGUUAGAAGAGAAUUGUGUUGGCUGCACCAUCCUGAGUUAUAGGGAUGGGAACUCCAGCGUGCUGGUCCGUUUCCGUCUACACUUUGUGUCCCAAACCCUCUGGUCCCUGACCUCUGGACUGGAGGAGGAAACACUCCGGCAAGGUCUGGCCAUGAGGUUCCGAGAGCACAGCAUCCCCCUUCCCACCUAUGGGACUAUCUAUUCUGCUUCCCUCACAGGGAAUCAGGAGCUGCCUUCCCUAGAAAGAGGCAGGAAAUCAGGGCGCUGUCCAGGGAAUGCAUUUGCCUGCCAGAGUAACCAGUGUGUGUCCAAAGUGAACCCUGAAUGUGACGGCAAAGUGGAUUGUUCUGAUGGUUCUGAUGAAGCCCAUUGUGACUGUGGAGGCCGACCUGCCUUAAAAUCAGCCAACAGGAUUGUGGGAGGAAUGGAGGCUGCCAGGGGAGAGUUUCCCUGGCAAGUCAGCCUUCGAGAAAACAACGAACACUUCUGUGGGGCAGCCAUCCUCGGUGCCAAAUGGCUGGUAUCAGCAGCUCACUGCUUCAAUGAAUUCCAGGACCCCACCGUCUGGAUGGCCUACGCCGGGACCACCUUUCUCAGCGGCUCCGACAGCGGCACCGUGAAGGCCCGCGUGGCCCAGAUCAUCAAACACCCCUUCUACAACUCGGACACCGCAGACUUUGACGUGGCCGUCCUGGAACUGGGCAGCCCCUUGCCGUUCACCAGCCACAUCCAGCCCGUGUGCCUCCCCUCCGCCUCUCACGUCUUCCCUCCCAGGAAGAAAUGCCUCAUCUCCGGCUGGGGCUACCUUAAGGAGGAUUUCUUGGUGAAACCGGAAGUCCUCCAGAAGGCGACGGUGGAGCUGCUGGACCAGGCGCUGUGUGCGAGCCUCUACAGCAACGCGCUCACGGACAGGAUGGUGUGUGCCGGCUACCUGGACGGGAAGGUGGAUUCCUGUCAGGGUGACUCGGGAGGACCGCUAGUCUGCGACGAGCCCUCGGGGAGGUUCUUCCUGGCUGGCAUUGUAAGCUGGGGCAUUGGCUGUGCAGAAGCCCGGAGGCCGGGGGUCUACGUCCGCGUGACCAGGGUUCGAGACUGGAUUUUGGAGACCAUCUCGACGGCACCCACUGUCGGUGCGCCGGCCGUCUUUUCUGACUCCACCACCAGCAGUGACUGGCUCUUGACGACAGAGAAGCUUGUGACCAGCACCACCACCAAGCCCAAGAUGGUCACCGGCACAGACCUGGACGGGGCGUCUCUGCAUCCUGGCACCAGCGCCAGGCCACAAGAAUACCGUCUUCCAUUCAACACGUUUGCCUGCUGCUACGGGUCCGCUGGUUUGGGCUCAGUCCUCGUGGCAGUGGGACAGACCAGUGGUGAUUCUGGGGGGCCACUAGCCUGUGAAGAAACUCCAGGUGUGUUUUACCUAGCAGGGGUUGUGAGCUGGGGAAUUGGAUGUGCUCAAGCUAAAAAGCCAGGGGUGUACUCCCGGAUGACCAGGCUCAAAGACUGGAUUGUGGACACCAUCUCACCUGGCCUGCAGACCAGCUCUACCCUCUUGCCUGAGAAAACCCCUCUCAUUACCAGCCAAGCCCUAGGAGCAACUUCAAGCAUAACAACCACACGUGUGACCACCAGCAAACUGACCCCACCACCAACCAGCAAAACCACCUCCAAACCCACCAGCAUAACCACCCUCAAGACAACCAGCCAACCUACCAGUCAGUCCACCAGCAGGACUACUAGCAGACCCACAACUAGCAAAACUACCCCACGGCCUACCAGCGAAACUACAACCAGGAGACCCACCAGUGUGGUCAUUACAACAAUCAGGACCACCAGUAAUAAGCCGCCCCCUUCACCACAAACCCACCAACCAGCUACACCCAUUCCACUUCCAGACUGCGGCGUCUCUCCGGUGGGCACCCUCACCAAGAUCGUGGGUGGCAGCACCGCCAGCCGUGGCGAAUGGCCCUGGCAGGUCAGCCUCUGGCUCAGGAGGAAGGAACACAAGUGCGGGGCGGUGCUGAUUGCAGACAGGUGGCUGCUCACUGCUGCUCACUGUUUUGAUGUGUACAGUGACCCCAAUAUGUGGGUGGCCUUCCUGGGGACAGCCUCCCUGAGCGGCGUCGACGGCAAAGUGGAGAAGGUGUACCGCAUCUACAAGCACCCCUUCUACAACGUCUACACCCUGGACUACGACGUGGCCCUGCUGGAACUAUCGGCUCCCGUGAGAUACACCAGCGUCAUCAAACCCAUCUGCCUCCCGGACCACUCUCACCUCUUUGCUGAAGGAACCAAGUGCUUCAUCACUGGCUGGGGCUCCAUCCGAGAAGGAGGGAUGAUGGCCAGACACCUGCAGAAAGCUGUGGUGAGCAUCAUCGGAGAAGAGACCUGCAGGAAGUUCUACCCCAUCCAGAUCAGUAACAGGAUGCUGUGUGCGGGCUUUGCCCAGGGAGGUGUAGACAGCUGCUCGGGUGACGCCGGGGGACCGCUGGCCUGCAAGGAGCCUGCUGGGAGGUGGUUUCUCGCGGGGGUCACCAGCUGGGGCUACGGCUGCGCCAGGCCAUACUUCCCUGGCGUCUACUCCAAGGUGACGGCCGUGAGGGGCUGGAUCAGGCAGAACGUCAGACUGUGA